GCCCUCGCUGCAAAUGGCUGCUUUUCUCGGCCUCCUCGCGUUCGCUGCCUUGUUGCCCACCGCUCGCCAGAGUAUCACGGCGCUCUCGACAACUGCAAUCGAGACCUUCAAGCCGUACACGCAUUACGCGAGUACUGCGUACUGUCAACCCUCCAUGACCUUGAAGUGGACCUGCGGCGCAAAUUGCCAGGCCAAUCCCUCGUUUGUGCCUAUCGCCUCGGGCGGUGAUGGCGACGACAUCCAGUUCUGGUAUGUCGGAUGGGACCCAAGCUUGGAGACGGCCAUCGUGGCACACCAGGGCACUGACACAAGCGAGCUUUUAGCUGAUCUGACGGAUGUUGAUAUCAUCACGGAGAAUCUCGAUUCUACGCUUUUCCCGGGAAUCAGCUCCUCCAUAGAGGUCCAUUCGGGCUUUGCGGACGAACAAGCAAAAACAGCCUCGUCCAUCCUCGCCGCUGUGGAGAUCGCAAUCUCUGAACAUGGGGCGGAAAAGGUCACCAUAGUUGGCCACUCGCUUGGGGCAGCGAUCGCGCUUCUCGAUGCUGUCUAUCUGCCGUUACAUGUCAACAGCGCAUCAUUCCAAACCGUAGUCUACGGUCUUCCUCGGGUUGGCAAUCAAGCAUUCGCGGAUUAUGUAGACGCGCAUGUGACCUCGUUUACGCGCAUCAACAACAAAGAAGAUCCAAUUCCCAUCGUUCCUGGACGCUUCCUCGGCUUCCACCACCCCUCGGGCGAAGUGCACAUUACCGAUGCUAAUGUCUGGGAGGCCUGCCCAGGGCAAGAUAACACAAGCGACCUCUGUAUCGUCGGAGACGUCCCGAAUAUCUUCGAUGGCGACGAAUCGGACCACGACGGCCCUUACGAUGGCGUCGAGAUGGGCUGCUAAGCGCCGCAGUUGUGUGAUUGCAGUCAAGAAUGCUCAAAAUAAAUUUGUCUUGGG